UAUCAUUUUGAUUAUGAUCGUUUAAUUUAAUUUCAGAGUCAAAGUGAUGUUCAUUAUGUUAACAAUUAAUUGUUAUCCAUUUAAAAGUGUAAUUAAUUUUUUCCUACUAAACAUCAUCAUUUUAUUAGUUAAUUGUUACCAAUUUGUUUCAUCAAACAGCCAUGAUUCAAGUGAUUUAAUAUCCCAUUGUUUACCUCGAGAUACUUCAAAUUUAAAUAAGAUAAUUAAAGUUAAUGAUGUCGAAGGCGAAUCAUCAGUCUACCUUAAAUCAUCCGAUUCUGAGAAACAAUUAACUGAAUGUGUUACAAUAAUUCAAUCAUCGCCUGGUUUUGGGUUAAUUGUUCAUCCAUCUUACCUUAAAUUAAGCACGGACAAUGUUGCAAUCAAUGUCUAUCAAUUGCAUUUAGCGACUAAAUCAUCAAGAAAACUGUUCAAUUGGUAUGGUCACAAUUCAUUUGAUUCAAAUGAUCAACAUCAAAUUGAAUCAGUGGCCUGUGAUUUAGCACCAAGAGAUAAUGUCACCACGAUUCUGAUCACUUUCGAGCCGAUAACAAGUAAUGUUACUUGGAAAUCAGUUGAUUUAAGAAUUUUGAUCACUUCUUUCAUUCCAAUCAAAGAUCCACUUGCUUCUUGUCCUGGUUCACUUUAUUUUGAUUGUGGUUCUGGUCAAUGUAUUAGACAAUCAUUACAUUGUGAUGGAUUUGCUAAUUGUGGAAAUGGUAUCGAUGAACAUGGUUGUAGUCUUUCCAUUCAUGAAAUAUUUUUCAUUGUAAUUGCAAUAAUUAUCAUGCUUCUGAUUGUAAUUGGUUUAAUUUGGUAUGCCCGGAGAAAGGAAAUCAAGGAAGAUCAUGAAUCACAAUUAGAACCUAAUAAAUCAACACAAUCAACAAUUACGACCCUUUAAUUAUAGAAAUUAACUUUUUUAUUUCAAUUUUACACUUUUACUUAUUAUUUUCUCGAUAAUUAAACGACCAAAGUUAAUCUAUUUUCCCCAA